GCUCGCACGCUUCACGAGGGAUUUGUCUACACUCGCGACUCCACUCAUGUUGGCAACAGCCUGAUUCUUUAUUACCCUGACGGCCUUAGGAAUGUACAACCGACACCAGGGACUAUCAAAUAUAUAUUCGAGACCGAGCGAGGAGUAUGCUUCGCCGUGCGGUAUCACCUUCCAUUGCAUUCUCACCUCGAUCCUUUCCGCCACUAUCCUCACUUCCCGGCUCGUUUAUUCUCGUCAGCACUCGCUGAACAUCUCACAAUUGUCAUGCCGGAGUGGGUGGUGUCGCAUUUUGCGCGGUGGAACUUCUCACCACAGCAUAUUGUUGCUGUGUCUCUGAGUCAGGUGUGUUGCGUCCCCUCG